ACAAUUUAACGAUAACGAUCAAUUUUAUGAUCUGAAUGAGGAUAACGAAACUUUUUAUGAUUCUAUACUUAAAGACCCGAAUAGUCGAAAUACUGUUCAACCAAAUAAAACUUCGUCUUCUAGACAAUUAAGAUUG